GGAUAACUCUAAACUAUAAAGCUUGCCCACCACUAAUAAAAUACAAUCGUUAAAACCACUGCAAAUUAAAAGAUUCCAGUUGACCCCCCCAAAGCGGCAAAGCCUUGCAUCAAUCAAUGGCUACCAAAGAAGAACAGCCGCAAGUCUUGGAAAACAAAGAAGAACCAAAGGAGGAUGGUGAGCUACCCUUAGUUGUUGUGCUUCGUCCCAAAAACUUCAACCUUCCCCUCGAAGACCGCUUACAGAGUCAUUUCCACCUACUUGACCCAAAUGACUCGCCUGAUGAGUCGACCGAGUCCUUCCUGUCUCACCAUGCCCACUCGGCUCGUGCCUUACUCUGCGUGGGCUUGACCCCUCUCACUGCUGACACCCUUGGUCUCCUCCCUAGCCUGGAACUCGUGGUUGGGUCCAGCGCUGGUGUUGAACACAUUGACCUUCACGAGUGUCGCCGCCGUGGAAUCAGGGUCACCGGUGCUAGUGCUGCCUUCUCUGAGGACGCUGCUGACUAUGCCGUGGCACUGUUGAUUGAUGUUCUGCGUCGAAUAUCGGCUGUUGACCGUUUUGUUCGAGGCAGGUUAUGGCCUGUGAAAGGAGAACAUCCACUCGGUUUCAAGUUAGGAGGAAAGCGAGUUGGGAUUGUGGGGCUGGGAAAUAUUGGUUCCCAAAUUGCCAAAAGGCUCGUGGCCUUUGGCUGCAGCAUUGCCUACAACUCAAGGAAGAAAAAGCCAUCCGUUCCAUUCCCUUACUAUGCAAAUGUCUGGGACCUUGCGGCUAAUAGUGAUGUCCUAAUUGUUUGUUGUGCGCUCACAGAGGACACUCACCACAUAAUCAACAGGGAUGUCAUGACAGCACUGGGAAAGGAAGGAGUGAUAAUUAACAUUGGACGUGGACCUCUUGUCGAUGAGAAGGAACUGGUGCAGUUUUUGGUGCGAGGUGAGAUUGGUGGUGCAGGUCUUGAUGUGUUUGAGAAUGAACCUGAUGUGCCGAAAGAGCUAUUCAAAUUAGACAAUGUUGUGUUGUCUCCGCAUUGUGCUGUUGUGACCCUAGAAUCCUUUGAAGCAUUGCAGGAUCUGGUGAUGGCCAACCUUAAGGCAUUCUUUUCAAAUAAACCUUUGGUGUCACUUGUUCAAAGUGAAUAAGAAGACUAUCAAAUCAUUUCCACUUUUUGUGCAAUGGUUUUGACACAAACGUCUUGUAUUUUCAGUUUCAAGUGAUCAUUUUUUUAGCUUCAAGUUCUUGAAUCAUAACAAACACAAAGUUGCUGAAAACUUUGUGCAUUUCCUGUAUUGGCAUUGCCUUCUUUUGUAGGCUGCUUUUAGUGCUAUUUUGAUUUCAAGUGACUUCCCUUGAGCUGGAAAUAAAUGGCUCAUAAAGACUAGAUGGGAAAAUAGGAAGUUGGGUUCCUCAGACAUGUAUAACUGUAAAUGUUCUCCAGCCAUUUACAUAAAAUCACUCGGUAUGUUUUCCAAAUU